AUGAUGACCGUUCCCAUGGCCGAGGACAGGCCACAUUCGCCAGAUUUCGGCGAUUCCAACCUACGAGAAACCCAGCCAGCAUCUGGUUUCACUCCCUUGCCGCCCAUCCGUCGCACUUCAACCUUCGACCUCAUGUCAAGAAAAAAGCUUGGCAGUGAUGAAGAUGAUAGCGUUCCGUCCCCAGUUGGGUCUUCCGAUAAUGAGUCUACGCCGCCUGCACCUCCCGUAGAGAAAGAUGCCGACUACCAAAACGGUAACGAGCAUACACAUAAGCAUACACGCGAUAUAAGCCAGGACAGUCGUACACCGGGUCAUUCCCAUAACAAUUCUCAGAAUCUUGCCCAGGCACCAUUCCAACAGCAUUCUGCUCCCACGAACGGUCUAGCUCAAAAUCAGAACGGAAUUCCUGUCGGUAGAGGGGGUGGUCAGCCUAAUGGAUUUCAGCAACCGAUGAUGAUGGACCGGGGUGGUCCCUCCGCUCAGCCAAAUCAAUUUGGCCCGGUGUACGGACAACCUAACGCACCGCGAACCUUUGUCCCAGCGAUGGCUGGCUACCCUAUCAAACAAUUUCCUCCCGGUCCAUGGAAGCUAGAGGAGUCGCAACUUUCCAAACCCUUAAUUCAACACAGAAACCGUGCCGGGUCAAAUAGUCCAUCGCAGCAGCACCAAGAAAACUAUGGGUACGAAAAGGAAACUGAGGAUCUGUCAGUACCGAAAGGGCCAGGAAUGUCGCAAACACGACUUAGGGGUAAUAGUGGAAGUACACCUCCGGUAUCAGCGAAACGGUACGAAGGAUGUGGUCUGUUUAUCCCCCCUCAUCCUCACGGACUAGAGCAAUCCCAUGGUCAAAUCCCACACUCGCGCCCGCCUGGUCAUCCCUUUAUACAGGGCCAAGCUAAUGAUAUGGUAAAUCAAGGAGGGGCGCGGAGCGAUGAGCUCAACAAGGAAAUGGACAUUCAAAUUGAGGAGGUCUCCGUCUCUAGUGUUACGAGUGAUGAUCAACCAAAGGAAGGAGGCAGGAGAGGAUCAGGAAUUUUCAGUUUAAGUAAUCGGCGCAAUACGGGCUCUGACGCAGGCUCCCAGCACCCGGACCAAAACGGAAAGGAAAAGCGCUCAUUCUUCAGCAGCCACGAUAAAUAUCAACCGAAGCAAAAAUCUAAUCUCGGGGUCCCAAAAACUUCUAUGUGGGAUCAUGAUGAAGGGCCAGAACCCGCGUCGAUGAAGAAGCGGUUAUCAGAGCUCAGAGGAAUGAUCAAAGGGGUUGCAAAUGCAAAGGAUGGUUUAAAGGACGAGCAAUCCGCGAGGCCCUCGCCACAAGGGCCGGUUCGGGCCCAGACGGGGUUUCCACCCAGCUCGGGUCCCUCCGGGCAACAAGGUCCAAUGGGGAUGGGGCGAGGUAAUGGAAGCGGAGGCGGACCUCGACCUGCUGAAAACCAGCAUGCUCGUGGAGAGGACGAACAUGACAAGAAACAUGGCGGCGGGUUCUUAGGCGGGUUAUUUAAUACACACAAUAAACCAGGGGUGAAGGGCCCAGAGUCGAGGCCACCGAAUCAGCCAAAUCAACCGAACCAGCAAAUGCCACCACCAGGCCAUCGACCCCUACCUCCAUUCCCUACACAACCUGGGCAGCCUGGUUAUCAGGCCCGACCUGGACAAAUGCCAUCUUCCGCGCAACCACUCAACCAGCAUCCAAUGUAUACUAGCCAACGACCUCCCAUCCAGGAGGGCCUGCCAGGGCCACAGGGCAUCCCACGAUCUAUGCAGGCUGGCCCACUAAAUACCCUAAAUGCCCGGGAAAACAACAUGGCAUCACCCGUGUCUCCGCAAUUCUUUGGAAUGGCACAGGCGGUUGCGAUACGGCGACCGUCGGAAAUAACGGUUUCCACUCAAAGCCAGCAAGGCAGUGGAACCCCCAUUUCACCUCUCCAGAGACCCCAGAUACCCUACAAGCAAGGAUCUCAACCAAAUACGCGACCAUCUACUGCACAAGGCGAUGAUGGAUCUCGGGAACGGUUCAAUGGCUCGCCAGUAAUGCGAACCACACCUAACAGGAAGCCCGUUGGCUCUGGCACUCCGGGGCGGGGUGGGACACCAACUGGCUCGACCCCCACCAAAAAUUUUAUGCCACAAGCAAUCCCCAAUGAUUCAGGGUCUCAGCCCGGGGCCGGAGAUGACGAUGAGAGGCUGUCAAGUCAGCUUCCGUCUGGCCAGCAAAGCCCCACUCUUGGUAAACUAGGACAUGUGCGCCAGACAUCCCUCCCUUCACCAGGACAUCCCCCGAUGCUACCGCAACCUGGGCAAGUAAAUUCCCCAGGAACGUCGGGUUCUGGACAAUUUUCCCCAAGAGGACCGAUGAGUUUACAAGACAGACAGCUACCGGGUUUAGCGAGCCAAGGUCUUCAAGGCCGGCCUGGCAUGUCACCGCCGGGUCAAGGUCCUCUUGGUUGGGUACCCAAUGGCCCUUUUGCUAAUUCACCGCCCAUAGGGCCUUAUCAACAUAUGACGGGAGGGCCUUCUAACUUCGUUACUAAUGCACCCGAAAGCACCUUAUCAAAGUUCUUCGGGGUUGACACGAAAGGCAGAAAUAUUGAAACAACUCCUCCGCCUACAAAAGAGUUGAAGGAGAAAGAGAAGAGCGCUGCAUCCAAGUUCCUCGGUGCAUUUAAACGAGGCAGUAAGCAGUCCGAGCCCAACAGCCAACCUCGUCAACAACAAAGACCUCCACCUGGUCACCAAAUACCUCCCAAUAUGAUGCGGGCUCAACACCCCGGUCAAGGUCCGCAGAUCAGCGGCCCGUCGCCCGCAGGACCACUUGGCCCCAUGACGAACUUACAGCAAGGUUCAAUGCGGCCUGGCCAAGGCAGGGGCCAGUUGCCACCAGGACAAAAGGGAAUGGUGCCCCCGAUGAUGCAUGGAGCAGUAAACGGUCCGGUGCCGCCCCAGAUGCAGAUGGGAAUGGGUCGUGGUCAAAAUCCUCAGAUGAAAGGUGCGAAAGCUUCCGCACCCGGCCAACAACGCCGAGCGUCUAAGCAGCAGGUCGAGCCUCGAUACGACGUAGUCCCUAUCCCUCGUGGGUACGAAGCCGUCCACGGCUAUGGUAAUCCGGGUAUGAUAGCUCCUUCACCAUAUAAUAUUGGUCGUCCUAGCCCACCGGCUGCAUCACUUCAGCAAUUCCAGACGGUCGUGCCGCCAGGUGCUCAACAGCCGCGAUGGGAUUCUCGCGGUGCUCCAAAUGGCCAAUUUCCUACACAACCUGGUCAACCGGGCCUCCCAACGCCGUCUAUCCAGGGCCAGCAUUCUUCCGGGUCGGUAACUCCGACACCAUCGGAUCAAGGCACCUUUUUGGACAUGGCACCAACUCCCCCUCCUCCGCGGCCACAUGAUAGAUUCCAAUACGAUCACGAAGUCGCCCAGAACGCGUCUUUUCAAGCUAGAAAUGCUCAGGCAUCUCACCAACCUCAAAUCACAACACAUAUUAACAACCAGCAAGAACAAAAUUUGGAAGCGCCAACCCCAUCUAGUUCCAAUUGGGGCAGCGCGCCAGAUAGUGUGCGCACUCCGAAACUACAAAGCGAGGCUGGCCAGUUUGCUCCCCACGGCCAACCUAAACCUACGGGCUUGAGGGUGUCCCCGCCAAACGAUAACGAUGUCAGCCAACGCGCGCAGCCGCAGCACAUCGUCACAGCCAUGAAUACCGCGCAUCCUACCAUCCUCCAACCCGGAUCCCCGGAUAUCGAACCUUUUACCCUGGCAGUCCGCCCCUUCCAACCAGCCAGAGUUGGCGAGUCCCCUCAUCCAUCCGAGGGAUCUUCUUCGUCCGCUAGCCGUCUCGUGAGCAAAAUGAGCACAGUAGCUCUUAAUAACAAUGCCAAUGAGCAGCAGCAACAUCAACAUCAGCAACAGCAGCAGCAGCCACAAAUACAACAGCCGCAGCAGCAGCAGCCGCCCCGAAUUAAUAAUAAUUCUUUAAGCCCCGAUAUCAUGGGCAAUCGCGCUAUGACCGUGAGCCCUGAGCCCCCGCCAGGUGCACCAGGGAUCCCGGUGUUCACGGGAUACGGUUACCCGAUGUCAAGUAGCAGCAUUCACGACAGUGCUGAUCAUCUGAACAUCAGCAUCAGCCGUGCUGAUGACAAUAAGGAAAACGGCGACAUAUAUGAUGCUACACCGCGUAUGGGUGGUCGUUUGCUAAACCAUCCCCCAGGCCAGAACCAGGCACAGUGGCCGGGCCAAGAGCACACCCAGCAGCCUCAGGGGCUGGGGAUAGGGCUAGGCAGGGAGGCAGUGUACGAGGACAACACCAAGUACGCAGGCUCGUACGCCGGGUCUGAAAGAAGCCGGAAGGGCGUCAAUGGUGCCGGCUCUGCUGCUGCUGCCACUGAAGGUGCCGCUAGCAUUGGAGCAGGGGGUGGAGUGGUGAUGCGGGACGCGGGAUUCGGAGACCCGGACUCAGACCGCUCGACCCCCUCGCCCGCGGUGGCACAGAUCCAGAUCCAGAUGCACCCAGCCGAGCCCGAAGAGAAGAUCUUGGUCGACCAGCCCGUCGAGUUGGCGGCUGUGAAUGAUGACGACGAUGGCAUGCCCGUCAUGAGCGCGACCUCGUAUCCCGGCCAGGAGUGGAAUCCGUACGGCGCGGGUGAGUUUGGUGAUUGGGAGUGA